UGAAAGUGAUAUGUAUGCAUGCGACACCCCGCGCCUCUGUCCGCGCGUCCGCUGUAUCCUGGCCUGCGCGCCAGUAAUAAACGAGCUUCCGUCGUACGCACUUGUUUCAUUGCUAUACAUACCUAUCAGUGGCUAACGAGGAUAGUGCAUACCCGCGCGCGCAUUAAAAUAAAAAUGUCCGGUUAUUUAGGCAGUAUCUCUAACUUUGAUCCUAAUACGCAGGACUGGCAAAUAUUUGUUAGUCGACUAAAGCAGUUUUUAGGGUUAAAUGCGAUUACUGACGAGGCGAAGAAGAAAGCGGUUUUGUUAACGCAUCUUUCGGACGACGCAUAUCGGCUACUUGCGAAUCUCGCGCACCCAAAGGAUGUAGAAACAGAGAAGUACGAUGACCUGCUCGAUUUACUCAAUGGGCACUUUGUACCAAAGAGGUCAACCUUCACGGACAAAGCGAAAUUCUACAACGCAAUAAAGGCAGAAGGUGAAAAAAUCGAGGACUGGGCGGCUCGACUUCGGGGACUGGCAGUUCACUGUCAGUUCGGAACCGCUCUGGAGACGAUGCUUCGCGACCGUUUCGUUCUGGGAUUCAAUGCGGGUCCGGAACGAGACCGACUCUGCGAGCAGGACGUGGAGAAGUUGACGUUUGCUAAGGCGUUGGAGCUUGCUCAGCAGGCGUCUUGUGCUCGACAGGCCAAGGCCACCCCUGCGGUGCUCAAGGAGGAGCCAGUUUUCAAAACGAGCACGACGAGAAGCGGCAGCGCUGGCCGCGGAGGUCACGGAGGUCACGGAAGCCGCGGCAGGCACGGUAGCCGCGCGGCAGGCGGCGUGGAUUCUUCUUCACGUUGUGAUGUUUGUGGUCUUCGUAAUCACGCGGCGGAUAGGUGUAGGUAUAGAAAUUACCGGUGUCAAAAGUGCAACGAAAAAGGCCAUCUUAAGAAAGUGUGCUCAUCUAAUCGUGUUAAUAAUAUCACUAUGGGACAGUCAGUGGAUCCCCAGGAGUCUGGAGACGGCAGCAGUGAAUGUGAGGAAUGUCAACUGUUCAAUUUGAGGUUCCCUUAAUUAAAACGGGAGGAGAUGAUAUGUAUGCAUGCGACACCCCGCGCCUCUGUCCGCGCGUCCGCUGUAUCCUGGCCUGCGCGCCAGUAAUAAACGAGCUUCCGUCGUA